GCCGAGGCAUGAAGAGGAGCCUCCCCGGUGGGGGAGUUGAGGUGGGCUUGGUCCCUAGGCGGCUGCGGACCGGCCGCCCCAUGCGGGCUCCGUCCCUCGCGGCCCCUCGCCGGGAUGGAGGCACAGGGCAGCCGCCGGCGGCAGCUUCCCGUCCUGCUGCUGUGGGUUAAUGGUCUAAUGACGCUUGGAUUCGCAGGUGCACGUCAACGGACUGAUCUCUGCAAUGAAUCUCUCAUGUUAGAGAAGUUGCCUGCAUGUGGAAAAUCCUUUGAAGAGAUGAUGAAGAAAGUGGACUCUAAAAAGUGGUGCAACCUGACAGAAUUUAUCAUGUAUUAUGACAACUUUACCCAGUGCACAGAACGUGAAGCCAACAACGCAAGUUGCUUUUGGCCAAACCCCCUUGCAGAAGGCUUUAUCACUGGGAUUCAUAAACAAUUCUUUUCAAACUGUACUUCAGAAAAGGUUCACUGGGAAGAUCCACCGGAUGAAAUUCUCAUAACUCUGAUUUUGAUCCCAGUCAUGUUGACAUGUGCCAUGAUAACGCUGGUAGUAUGGUGCAGCAAGAGAAGUGAUAUCCUGGUGUAAGUUCUUCCUCUGGGCUUUCUUUUUCCCCAUUUACUUCUUCCAAAUACACUAAGAAAGGAGGAAAAAGAGAGACACUGAAAGAUUUCAGAUCUGCUAAAAUGGAACCUGUGAGAUACUGAGUCAGAGACAAUGCUCCUGUGAACAAAGAACUGCCUGCUGCUGCUGCUGGUCACUGCUUCUAGCUUGGUCAUGGGUGUUGCUGGUGCAAAAUUCUACUUCAGUUGGGCCUUAUCAUCAUGGAAUUCGCAGGCAGCUCCCAGAAACAGGAGAGUCCCCAGACAAAUAGACCCCUUAUCUGCAAAAAGGGUAGUUUCCUAUGGGUAAAGGUGGCUGGUAAACUAAUUUUUGCAAAACUGUAUGUAAUUGUAUGUACUCACAGUGUGAUAUUGACUGCUGAGGAGAUGAUAUCUCUUGAGGUUUUGUGCAGAACACUCGAGAUUUUCAUCUAUGAACCCUGUGACUUGGAUAGAUCGUUGGCAAAGGAACUGAACAUGGAUGUAACCAAGUGGCAGCUUUUCCUGAAAGCUGGUCAAAAUCAUCCUUAUCAAGAACUGGAAGUAUUGUCCUGACAAAGAAACAGUUUUUGUGUCCAGUGACCAUCUACACAGGGAAAUUAUCAUGCCACAGUAUAAAAUAGUUUAUAAAAUUCCUUUAAACAUGGCUAUUUGGAAUUGUAUGUCUUACAAGCAAACUCUGGGAAGAUAAACAGGUCUUGUUUUACAGAGCUGAAAAAUGUGAGAGGAAAUUGGUUGAUUAUAAAUAUACUAAGAAGUAAUGAAGAAACUUUCAUAUGCCAGACUCUUUAUUUUUCCUCUUUUAUAAUUAUUAUUCUUGAUGACUUGUGUUCACUGUAUACUCCCCGCUCUCACUUCAAUUUGUGCAAGUGAUAUCCUAUGAAUAUAUAUAAAGGUGUCAUGUUGAUUGAGGUGCCUUUCAGAGUAUUGUACAUAAAUAUUUCUAUGUCCCGUGUAGAGUGUGGGAACUAAAGUAUGAACAUCAAAGCUUGGAACAGACAUAGGAGGAAAGAAAAAAUUCAACUCAGAAAUCUUAUUCUAUAAAGUUAUUUCUAUGUAACAGUUUAAAUAAAGAUCAUAUGCUCAAAAAUAAAACAACUUCUAUGUUUGUGUUGCAAA